AUGGACCUCUUCCAUCUCCCGCCUCUGCCGUGCCGGCCAACUCGCCCAAGCCGCCGCGCGCUCUUCACCCAAAUGCGCCGCUCCGCCGUCGAACCCAAUCACGUCACUUUCACAAUCCUCCUCUCCACCUGCGCCGAUUUCCCGGCGGAAGGCAGGCAGGUCCUUCGGUCCCAUGAUCCACUCCUACGUGCGAAAACUGGGGCUGGAUCGGCAUGA